UAACGGCUGCUUCACCGGAAGCGGGCGGGGCGGGCUGUCCGUCCGUCCCGGGCCGUGAUGCCGCUGCUUCUGCUGCUCCUGGCGCUCUGCGCUGCCCCCCGCACCGAAGGGGAGCGCGACACACUGAGCGUCAGGCCCGGAAACGCUGCAGCUGAUGCUCCCGAGGAGGCCCCGGGGGGACCCGGCAGCAACCCGGGGGGUGUUGGCCAUGGUGGCCAAAGCAGUGACACUGGUAAUGGAGGGGGCAGCCCCAGUAGCCAAACCCAGAGCCUGAGCGGCCACCAGAGCCGUGGCAUCCCGAGCCAGGACAACCAGGAGAGUGACAUGAACAAAAAACAGGAGAAAGAAGAGAAGAGGAAGGAGCAGGAUGACAAGAACCAGGAGCAGAGCGAGACUGAGAACAGCAGCACUGGGAAUAGGGUCAGCAGCAGCACUGGGAAUGGGGUCAGCAGCAACACUGGGAAUGGGGGCAGCAGCAACACUGGGAAUGGGGUCAGCAGCAACACUGGGAGUGGGGUCAGCAGCAACACUGGGAGUGGGGGCAGCAGCAACACUGGGAAUGGGGUCAGCAGCAACACUGGGAAUGGGGUCAGCAGCAACACUGGGAAUGGGGGCAGCAGCAACACUGGGAGUGGGGGCAGCAGCAACACUGGGAAUGGGGGCAGCAGCAACACUGGGAAUGGGGUCAGCAGCACCAGGUAUGGGGGCAACAAUAGGGUCAGCAAGGCCAAGACUGAGACCAGUGAUAACCAGAACCAGGACACCAGCCAGAACCAGGGCACCAACCAGAACCAGGGCACCAACCAGAACCAGGGCACCAACCAGAACCAGAACCAGGGCACCAACCAGAACCAGAACCAGGGCACCGACCAGAACCAGGGCACCGACCAGAACCAGGACACCAUCCAGAACCAGAACCAGGACACCAACCAGAACCAGGGCACCAACCAGAACCAGGACACCAUCCAGAACCAGGGCACCGACCAGAACCAGAACCAGAACACCAACCAGAACCAGGACACCAACCAGAACCAGAACCAGGACACCAACCAGAACCAGAACCAGGGCACCAACCAGAACCAGGACACCAUCCAGAACCAGGGCACCGACCAGAACCAGAACCAGGACACCAUCCAGAACCAGGGCACCGACCAGAACCAGAACCAGAACACCAACCAGAACCAGAACCAGGCCACCAACCAGAACCAGGCCACCAACCAGAACCAGGGCACCAACCAGGGCAGCCAAUCGAGAGAGAAGAACCCCUCCCCACCAUCGAUGUCCUCGGCCACUGAGGGGGUUUUGGAGGAGGGGGAUGGAGAUGAGAGUUUUGUGGGGAGAGAGGAUGUGGCUAAAGGCAGCAGUGACAGCUCCUCCCUCAGCAGGGAGCAGAGUGUCCCCUCUGUCCCCAGGGCAGCCGAGAGCAGCCACUUCUUUGCCUACCUGGUCACCACGGCCAUCGUCGUCGCCGCGCUCUACGUCGCCUACCACAACAAGCGCAAGAUCAUCGCGUUCGCUCUGGAAGGAAAAAGGUCAAGAAGUGGCCGACGGCCCAAAUCUGGUGACUAUCAGAGACUGGACCAGAAGAUCUAGCUCCCUCCUGGUUGCUCAGAGGAACCCCUGCCCCCCUGCCCCUCCCAUGUGUCCCAGACCAGAGGAAGAGGAGGGGACACAGAUCUCAUCGUGCACCUGCACCCUGCUGACAUCCCCUUCUCACUUCCCCUUCUCCACCUGCCUGGAAAUCAGCUUCUCCCUCUGGGGCACCCAGGACCCAAUCCCCAGCACUUGGGCAGGAUUUUCACCCCAAACCAGCUGGGAUUUGCCAUCUGCUGUACCUCCAAACAGACCCUCCUGCAAACUGAGCCCCCCCUUUCCCACCCCACAUUGUCUUUUUGGGGACAUGGACCUUCUCCCCUCCCUUUGGAUCCUCAAUUUCAGAACGUGACCAAUUGCACUCAUUGGGAAACGACCCUCCCAGGGCCCUUAUUUGAUUCUUCCCUCUCUCUGUCAUGACGGUGAAGUCAGAGUUGAAGACCUCACUUCUCCUCAGCUCUGGGGACACCAGAGCUUGUCCCUUCACCCCCCUCAGCUGCUCCCUCUGCUCCCCCACGGGUCUUUCCCUCCCAAUCCCAAAGUCCUGCUCUUUGCACUAAAAGGGGACAAGUGCUGGGAAGGAGGGUGGGGAGGGCUUGAAAAGCUUCCUGCCACAUUCCCACCAUUCCCAGUUGGAGACUUUGCCUUGGAAAAUGUUCUUCCCUCCUGUGGAAAACGUCCUUCCCUCCCCUGGGAAGAGCAGCUUCUUGGGGAUGUAGAAACAUGCGAUGGAAAGACGCGGUUUCUGCUCCCUGAGUCACCACGGGGUGUUUUAUCCCUCCCAAAAUCACCUCAUCCCCCUCUUCCCGAGGGGUUUUUUGUGUGGUUGGACACUCAGGUCACCAAGCUGGUUACUUCUGAGCAGUUUCAGCCAGGUCCUGGGGCCUCCUGGUGGCCCUAGAGGCUGCAGAAAGUGGUGGCUCCCCAGGCGAGUCUGGUGGGUUGGUUUUUCUUCUGCUCCAAAGAUGGUGGUUUGAGCCAGGACAGUCCUGGAGAAGGCACCAAGUGCCUGCUUUUUCCCAGAAAAAAAAGGGUGGGAAGCACCUGGAGCUUCUCAACUGGGCACCCAGAGCUCUGCCAGCCUCCCACCCAUCUCCCUUCCCAUCCUCUGACUGUGCAGGAAGACCCCUCUGGGGGGUUAAUUCCCUCCUGGGGGGAUGAAUCCAGCUUUUUCCCACCCUUCCCAAGGUUGGGAGCAAUGUUCCCGUCAGGUUUGAUGAGGGCAGAGGUGGUUCCUUGCCCAGAUACAAAAGCUGAGUUGUUAGGUUGGGUGGUUUUUCUUCCCCUUGCAGAAAAGAGGAGAAGGGACUUGACCCUCUCCUAAAAAAAAAUAUUCCACCUUUUUUUUUCUCCCCCCCUCCCUUUUUUUUGCUGGCUUUUUGGAAGUGGGAAGGGGGGAGAAGGUCCUUCCUGGCCUUCAAAAACUUUCAGAGUUUCCAUAGGGAAUUUUAGGGCUGCUCAGAGUCCUCAUGGGAGCUGUUCUGGAGGAAUGUGAGGCUGGGGAGGAACCCCUGGGAGAAGGUGCCUCUGGAGGAGGUGGGAGCUCUGCCCCAGCCCCCCCUGCUCCCAGGGUCUGUGGGAUGGCUGAUUUAUGGGGGAGGGAAGUUCUCUGAGGGUGGGAAAUGAGCCCCCAUAUUCUAACACGUGGAACCCCCUGUGCUGUGAGCAUCUCCUCCUGGAGCUUGGGUCUCUUCUGCUUUGGCCUUGAGGCUUUGGAAUCACAAAGUCACUUCCAAAGGGCUCAUUCAAUUUUCAGCCUUUUCCAUCCUGCUUUUCUUCUGCCUUUUUGUCCUCCAGCCUUGGUGGGAGUGACAUGAGUAAGAGGGAGCAGAACCUUCAGCCCUCAAAUGUGUCCCCAGCAAGGAGUUAACAAGGAUGGACAUGAGGACAAAUGGCACCUCCCAUGGGGGUGUUGGGGGGCUCCUGGUAAAACAACACCACCCCCCCUCCCACCCUCACCUCCCCCUGCACAGAUCCCCCUGAACCUCCCACCUGCUUGGUUUGGGGUGGGAUUUGAAGUCCUGCUAUGGGUGCCUUUUCCCUUGGGAUCUACAGCCCCUUCCCACUUGGGGGGCACCUGCUGGUGUUUAGGGCUUGGGUUCUUGGGGUGGUUUUUGGCCAAAUGUUCCUACUCUUUAGGCCAAACUGAUUGGUUCCAAUCAGCAAAGGGAUUAUUUUCUGCUUGAAGUGAAAUGCAACUUGCUUGGAAGGAUCAGGUUUUUUAUCUUUCUUUGGAAUCUUGUUGUUGGUUUUUGGUUUUGUUUUGUUUUCCUGGGUGGCAAAGUCAAUGAACAAAGAAAUAAAAGGAGUUUUCACCUC